AUGAAUCUGCAAGGUCCGGGUCGCAGUGCUGUAUCCCUGAAUCUGAAGGGACGUGUAUAUCAAGCUACAGUAAGGGCUGUUUUGUUGUAUGGCUGUGAGACUUGGCCUAUUCGAGCAGCGGAACUGAGACGUCUUCAGGUGUUCGACAAUCGUUGUCUCAGAACCAUAGCUCGUGUGGGUUGGUGUCGGCGAAUCCGUAACGCGGCAGUUAGAGAGCGCGUUUUCGGUUGUGUAACGGGUACUUCCAUUGAAGAAUGUGUCCAGCACCAGAAGCUGCGUUGGUUGGGACAUGUGUUACGUAUGCCGAACCAUCAGAGGUGGCCAAUCCUUGACUUGGCAGAGGAGUAUGGAAACGCUUGGGUGCUGUCGGUGCUACUAGCCUUCCAGGAUGGGGACCGCGUGAUCCACACUGUGCCUGGUUGGAGACACUACAAGAUAUGGCUGCCAACUGAUGUCGUUCUUUCAUUAACAACGGGGCUAUCACGGGCUCCGUUUCCUGUUAUAUAUCCCUCAGCAAACAAUCAUGGUUUGGUCGUGAUUAGAAGUGUUGUGAGGUCGUUUGUAGUCGGCAAGUUUGUGAUACCAGAAAUGGACUGUUACGCGUUUGUAUACACCAUGCGAGUUCUUUAUCCUUCAGAUGUCCUAAUUCUUUACUGGGCCCCAAUAUUAUCAAAGUUUGUAGAAUUGCUGCACCAAGAAGAUGACAUGGAUGAGCUCAUACACCAGGCAUUAUCGUCCCCUACCGUGAUGGAUAUCUUAUCUUUCCUAGACUCCGGCAUUCGUCGAAAGAGCUCAGAACUCACCACUAUAUUUCAAGCCCUUUAUGUGCUCAUCUUACGUGGCGUUGGGCUCGAUGCGCAUAAUUCCAUCGCACUUGAACUGGCUGAAGGGGUACUUGAAGAUUUACGAUUUAGCACAUGUCUUCGUGGUUUGAGUGUGAGUCAGGGCGCAGAAACGAUGAAAUCAGCUUUGCGCCUGUUGGCCGCAACAGCCGCUGCUAGCGUGGAUCUCGCACGCGGACUUCUUAAACUGUUAAAUUUCGAAAACCAAGAAAUGAUACAAUGCUCUCGUCGGCGGAACACUGCCGAUGUUUGUGACGUACGAACUUGCUUUCUGAAUCUGGUAGGCGUGUUUGUGUUCAAGGAAAAUAAUGCCCUCCUGAGAGAGCUUGUGAGCAAAAAAGGUAUCGGUCCGGAUUUACUCAUUACUCCUUUGCCCCCAGGUGUAUUCUGGCUCGUUCUGAGUGAAUCGUAUAUAGACAAAUAUUCCAACGUGAUUCUUAUCUUGCAAAUGCUUCGAAAGAUUGUUGACAAUAGUACAAUCAGUAAGACGCAGAAAGUUAAUUUGUUCAAUAAGAAUACAUUGAAGCAGCUGCUAUACUUGUUUUCUUGGCGUGGUGAAGCAGUUAAAAUCAGUGAUGCACUAUCCAGGGACCAGCUGGAUAAUACGCACCCUCAUCUUUCAUCGAUCCGAUCGACACUCUAUGAACUCCUGCUGAUCUUGCACACCUCUACUCGUUUUGGGUUGGUAUUCGCCGGUCGUCAUAGAGAAGUUGAUGCGCUUGCCAAUGGUUUGAUUUUCUCGGCGUUGACGUCACCACCAAUGGAAGCAGCAUACGCCGACCCUCUUCGUUCCCAGUUAGUGGUGGAAAGCAUGUGUGCCUCUCCGGAUGUCAUCCGCCCCUACCUGGACCAUGUGGCCCCGUUUCUACAGCCACGUGCAUCCUCCAGCAACUGGUUUAGCAUGAUGGAGUUAGUUUCCAAAAUAUUCAAAGCUUGCAAGGUUCACUUGGUCAGUUGGUUGAUGCGCGCACUUGAUCAGUGGCCUAAUCCAGAACAAGUAUCCAGGGUGAUAGUGGACAGUUGUUUCCUGUCUCCUAAGCUUGUUGAACCGUUGGGAAAUGCUCUUCAUUUCCAAGAGGACAGUGAUGUUGUGGCCAAGGCAGAUCAAUUAAUGACUCUUCUGCGUGCCAAUAUUCUCAUUCUCCUCACGUGGCUAUCAACGAAUGAACGAUUCAGCACAACUACUGCCACACCAGAGAAAGAACAACUGAUACAACAGAUACGUCAGUUGCGCAUGCCCACUACCGAAUGGAUGCGACGUUUCGAACACGUAUUCAACAAACAACGAUUUGAUACGAGCGUACUUGAAGAUCAAGUGCUUCCCCAAAACCAGGAACCGCCGAAAGAAGCCGCGGCUUCUGAUCCUACUUUAGAUAUUCGCAAAAUACUGAAGUAUUUCCUUAUCCCCGAAGAUUCGGAUGGUGAACAACUCUCAGAUAAAGUCCUCCGCAGUCUACAGACGCUUCCCGGGAUUCUGGAUACAUGCAUAAGUCAAUAUUUUGAUGUAUAUACAGUGCACCGAUGUUUAGCUCGGGCUGUCUAUCUGGCUCGUAUCCAUUCGGUCAAGGGAUUCAAAGCCAAGCGUGUGCUAAAACUUAUACUCAGUCAACCUUCCUUCACUACUGUCCUGAACCGCAAGGACUCAGUAUCUGACUGUGUUGAAGAAUCAAGUUGUUCGGGUCCAGCUAGUUAUGCAGAGCAGUUUUUCUUGCGAGACUCCCUGCUAGACUUAUUGCUUGAGAUUACACGUACAUGUCCGCGCGACUGCAGCAGACGAAUACCGGUCCUCUGGCUAUUAGCGGGCUACAAUGCCACUUUGCAUCCCACAGAUCAAAAGAUUCUUCAGAUUCUUUUUCUUAUGAAUUCUUGCUUGAAAACCCUGAUGACUCAUUCAAAUGGUUUCUCCGAAGUGCCUAUUGUUUGGGGACAGAGCGUCUAUAAACACUACCAGUUCAACUCUGUUGGGGCAGCCCAGCUGGAUGCCGCUCAACUACCACAACCCGUCGUAUUUCACCAACCUGGUUUGAUGUCAUUGUUCGGCUGUGUCUCUGAUGAUCAGUUGUUCCAUUCAGCCCUUCACUUCCCCAUGUCUCGGAAAUGGCUGGGUCAGAGCAGCUCAAGAAACUACAACAUACCGGUGGAGGAUAUGGAGUUGUUGGAUCCUUGUUUUAUCUUGCAUACUCUGCAUCACUAUCUUUCACUCUGCAAUACAAUGACUUCGGAAUCCGGUCUUCCAAACAAAGGCAACUUGGACCAAUUUUUGCGUGCCUUUUAUUCCCGAAACGCUGUUGCGUUUGCGGUUGCUGGAUUGUCAAGUUAUUCGAAGCAUUUGCGUUCUAUGUCGCGCACUGUGAUUGCAAAAUAUCGUGAACUUUUGGAGAGUUGGCAGUCGACCCGGUUGCAGGUAAACAAAAAAGGAACAUCAGGAACCACUUUGCAGCUUUUCCCAGAACGUGUACAGAUCAUGUUUAUUCUGGAUACAUUGCGGAACAGUCUGGCCUCGGGUGGGGGUCGCGCUAUAGGAGGCAAUGGCCGAAGGAGAUGGAUGUUUUCAUCAGCUCUGGACACUGGCGGCAGAUUAACCAGAGUGCAUGCGAACUUCUUCAUUCGUAGCCUGCAGCUGCUCGGUAAACCAGAAAAUCACCUCUAUCAGUCUGUCUGGAAUUGUUUUCUUUCAAAACCGGCUCUGGAUUUAAACGAAGUUCCCGAUUUUCUGCGCACAUUCUUCUCUACUAGCACGCAAUAUCGUAUGGAGCGUCAGUGGAUUACUCGUCUAUUGGCUGAAAGUGUUGGGGAUACAGCGGACUAUCUGGUCAUGGAGAAAUCACGAGUGUUCAAGCACUGUUUGAACGCCUACUCGUCCACAUCUAGCGAGGCAUCUUUUCAGCUGAACGUACUCAAACUGAUUGCCAGCGCAACCAAGCAACCACGUUUGGUGCACGCAUUGAUCAGGUUCCACGCUCUACCUCUUUGGCUAUGGCGCCAUAUGCUCGUCCCUUGUCCUGUUUCACACGCUGCGCAGUUCCGUACCAUAAUUGACAAUAUGUCGAAAGUUAUUUGUUCCGGAAGCCAGGAAUCUCCUGCGUCACAAUUGCUCCCACUGUUGACCGAGGAGUUUGAAAAAAUGCAUGGUGGGGCCACAAUAAACACCAAGCAGAACGGCGUAGUUCAAUCUGUCAAUGGCAAUACGAGUUUACAUGCCGAACUGGAAACUCAUUGA